CACACACACACGCGCGCGCUCUCACACACGCCUCGUGUCCAGCUGAGCUCGGCACGGAGACGCAGCGCGGCCGAUUCUUGACGCACGGCUCUGCCUGGACUGCAGAAACUUCUGGCACUGAGGACGCAUCUCUCUAGCUAUGAUGACACAGGAUUAAAAUCCACGCUCUCCCCUUCUUCUGUUUUUUUUCAGCUCUUUUCCCUCCCUUUUCUCCUCCUCCUCCCCCUCCUCUUCCUCCUCCUCUGGUUUCGUGUUACAAAGCCUUGGGAGGGAGUUGCGCGGAGAGCCAGUUCUUCUGUGCGAAAACUGAAUGACAGGAUCAUAUGGCUGGAUGCGCCUCAUCUUUUUCUUUUUGCGUAUUUCCUGUCCAAACAUUUCAAGUCGCAGAGGAGAAACAAGCAGCGCUGCGCGCCAAAUUCAUCAGAAAUUGACGAGGAGGAUGUGGAAUAAUUUAUAACUCCAAUUCAAACCCGAGAUAACGGAGUGCGGAGGGAGACAGAGAGCCCGCUGGAUGUGUCGGGAGAGGACGGAGGAGUAGAGCGCAGGACGCAGCGGCUGGGAUCCUCUUGCAUCCCGGCGUUGAGGCCAAUGUGACCCUCAUCCGAGUCAAGUGUUGCUGCUCAGCGUUUUCACGGAGACGCAGUACGCCGAAGGGACGCUCGAGAAGAAAGUGCACAGUGGUGCGAGGGAGGAGAAGCAAAACAAGCAGCCAGGAGCCCAAAUUCUCUGCCAAGUUCUACCCAUCGACCGAUUGGUUCCUCGUUCUGUUGCUCGGCGCCGGGUUUCAGACAGCGGAGCUGACAUGGCAGCCGUGGGCGGGAUUAGAGUCCUGCUUCUGGUGUUGCUGCUCGAAUGGGACAAGUCAACUGGACUCAAUUGGAACCCAAUCCCACGAAAGACUGUCAGAUACCACGAUGUGCUGGACAGUAUGGCUCGGUUUAGCAUCCAGGGGGUGUUCAACUACAGCAUGCUGACCCUGUCCGACCACGAGAGAGUUCUGUACGUGGGGGCCCGGGAGGCGCUGUUCGCCCUGGAUCCCAACAACAUCAGCAGACAGCUGAGGCCGCAGAUCGACUGGCCGGCUCCACAGGAUAAGAAGCGCGAGUGUGUUGCCAAGGGGAAGAACAACCAGACCGAGUGCUACAACUACAUACGAUUUCUGCAGAGCUACAACCACACGCACCUCUACACCUGCGGCACCUACGCCUUCCAGCCCAAAUGCACCUAUGUUAAUGCCGUUAAUUUUACCAUCAGCAUGGCAUCCAUGGAGGACGGGAAGGGCAAAUGUCCGUACAACCCUGCCAAAGGACACACUGGCCUCAUUGUGGAUAAGGAAAUGUACUCAGCAACACUCAACAACUUCCUGGGUACAGAGCCGGUCAUUUUGAGGAAUCUGGGCCUUCAGCACUACAGCAUGAGGAGCGAGUACUUACCUGCCUGGCUCAAUGAGCCUGACUUUGUGGGAUCGGCGCUGGUACGGGAGAGCACAGGCAGUAAGGAUGGAGACGACGACAAGAUCUAUUUCUUCUUCAGCGAGCGGGCUCUGGAGCUGGACUGCGACACGGAGCUCACCGUGGCCAGGGUGGCGCGCGUCUGCAAGGGGGAUCUGGGUGGCACCAGAACCCUGCAGAAGAAGUGGACCACCUUCCAGAAAGCCCGCCUGGAGUGCUCCCUCCCAGAGCGUCACGUUUCCUUCAACAACCUGCGGGCGGUCUUCACUCUCCCCGGGCAAGAUUGGCGGGGAACCUCCUUCUACGGCAUCUUCCACGCCCAGUGGGGCGACGUUGAUGUGUCGGCCGUGUGCCAGUAUCAGAUCAGCGACGUGAAAAAGGUGUUCGAAGGGUCCUACAAGGAGUACAGAGAGACCUCUCAAAGAUGGGGGCGCUACACAGGUCCCGUCCCCACACCGCGGCCCGGAUCGUGUAUUACCAACGCAGACAGGGAGAACGGCUACAACAGCUCCCUGCAGCUCCCAGACGCCACGCUCAACUUUGCAAAGAAGCACCCGUUGAUGGAGGAUAAAGCUCUUGGUCGCCCCCUGUUGCUGACCAAGGGUGUGAACUUCACAAGGAUAGCGGUGGAUCGAGUUAACGCCCUGGACCAGCGGCCGUAUAACAUGCUCUUCAUUGGAACAGAGGAGGGCUGGCUGCAGAGGGUGGUGAUCCUGGGCUCUGAGGCGCACGUGAUCGAGGAGAUCCAGCUGUUUGAGACAGCGCAGCCUGUGGACAGCCUGACCAUCUCCCACUCUAAGAAGUACUUGUACAUCGGCUCCCGCUCUGAGGUCCUGCAGCUGCCCUUGGCCAACUGCAGCCGCUAUCAGUCUCAGCCGGACUGUCUGCUCGCCAGGGACCCCUACUGCGCCUGGGACAACGAGGGGCGAGCCUGCGUCCGCAUCGACCUUCACCGAGGGUCCACCUCCUCCCUCUCACAGGACCUCAUGCUGGAUCGGUUCAGUCGUGGAAAAGCCAAGUUCGAUAAGCCGGUAUCCAUUCCCAGCCCCGAGCACUCCCGCCUCAGAAACGUUACGGUGGUCGUGGGGUCGGACAUGAUGCUUCCCUGUCAGCUGGUGUCAAACCUGGCGCAGCCAUGCUGGGUCCUCAAUGACCGUGAGCUCCAGCUGGGGGACUCGGAGGCACGAGGGCCACGCUUCGACAGAACCCUAAAGGCUCUCGUGAUCCCAGAGGCGGGGCAGAUGCAAGCGGGCCGAUACGUCUGCUACUCUGAGGAGCAGGGGGUCAAGUUCCAGACGGAGCGCUAUCAGGUGGCGGUGGUCGCCAGCGCUCCGGUGUUCAUGGAAGCCCGGGCGCCAGACAGCAGCAUGGGCCUCUUCUGGGUGCUGGUCAUCACACUGGGGGCGGCGUGCCUGCUGCUCCUUGUGGCGGCUCUCUACCUGCGCAGGAGGCUGAAGCUGGCGCUCGGGAAGGGGGCUGACAUGAAGCCACUCGAAAGCACCCUGGUCUACCCAAUCACGCUGCCCAAAGACCCGCCCACAUUUGUCCCAAGCAAGAUGCCCACCGAUGAAGACCGGUUCUGGGAGACGGGUGCAAACUACUACUACUCUGACGGCUCGUUGAAGAUCGUCCCCGGCCACGCCCUAGGCCCCAGCAGCGUCAGCAGCACGGCGUCGCCCAGCGCCAUACCCGGCCAGCCCAUCCACUCCCCCAGCCGUCUCAGCCUCACCAACAUUCGAGGCUCCGGUAGCAACGGCUACAUCCGCCUCAACUUGAGCACAGCAGGGGAGGAGAGGGCUAGUGGGGCUGGUGCUGGGGGCGGCGGGUUGGGAGGGCUGGGCGUGAGCGGGAACGACUACUCGAGCCCCUUCAAGGAGGAGCUGAGACGCACCCUGCAGCAGAGAAGCGUCCUGCCCGAUGCAAACCCAGAGGAGUCGUCCGUGUAGGCGCCUCCUCCGCCUCCACCCAGUUGGAAAACAAAAACAACCGACCUACCUCCCUCCUUUUGAGGACGCCUGCUCUCCGUUAGUGACACGCCGUCGACUCCCAUGCCGUCUCUUCUUUUCCGCCAACACCUGUUUGGCUCCUGUAGACAUUUCUGGCACACAGCAUGUUGAAACCACACGUCUGCACUCCGCACUCGGCGACAUGCGCUCUCACGAUUACCGUGUCUUUGGCGACACGCCGUCACGGUUUUUCUGCUUCCACUGUGCGACUGCCACUUGUGUAAAUUUUGUAUUUAAAAAAGGAUGAACACAGAGGAGAUCACCUCAAGCAUGGAAACCGAACUGAAGGGUGUUUUUUUUUGUUUCUCUCUUAAGUUGAGCCCUCCACCUACAAGGAAACUGGGCAACCUCCUGGAAUAUGGAAGGGAUUCCUUUGAGACUUUUACUGCACUUACAAAAAUGGAAGCAUGUCUUCCUCCCUUGUUUUGUACUAGUGAGCCAGGAGGGGAAUGUAGUUGGAGACUCCAAAGACUAAUGAAUCUCCAGGCAAGUCGACAAUCAUGUCCCCGUGACAGGAGCUCCUGGGUGGGACAGAAAGGAGAACAGAGACAGGCAAAAACGGCGGAGAAGUGAACUGGAGAAAAAGGACAUAAACGAGGAUUUCUCAAUGAAGGACAAUCUUUAAAGACUUUGUACCUAUAUGAAAUACCCGCCCCCUUUCCUAUGUUUUAUUACCGCUUUGAUUUGAUGUGAUAGUUUGAAUUAAGAUGUUUCUUGUUGUGCUUCUUUCCCCUCUGUCUUACGAACGACACCGGUGUUUCCAGAGUUUUGCAAAAGACUGACUUUUUUUUGGCUGGGGGGACUCGCUCAGUCCUGCACGCCGCCCUUCUAGUCCAACGCACGGCGGGGUGGGUCGCUGUUUUUGGAUGCUCUUUCGCCUGCUCGGGAAAAGAGAAGCUGUUUGGUGCCGAGCGGCGUCACAAUUCUUGCACAGUUGAUUCCAAACUGAAGAAGACAUGAAGACAUUAGGCGCAAAGAAUGUAGUCGAACCCUCAUCGUCGUGACCGCUGUGGAUGUUUCAUUAAGUGCUUUAUAUGUAACGCUGUCAGUGGGGGUGGGUACUUGCACUGCCAAGAAGGAAACUACCACUCCGACACACACAGACACAAACACACAAUGUAGUACCUGGCAUUUUGGGUACAACAGCGCGAUUGUGAUGCACCUUUAAAGUCCAUGAACCCCCUUCCUUCUGACUCCCAGAGACUGACCCGGAGCUACUGUGGAUUUAUACAGUGGAAGAUUCACUGUAACACACACCAACACAAAAAGAACACAGACCCAGUUUGGUAGAAGAGCGGACUGAUUGCUGCCAUGCUGAGAAUUGACUUGGUCCAGGCAGGAAGCAGCUGUGGAUCUGAAAAAAGCAGAGCAUCCCAUCAGCGGUGGCCUUUGGUAGUUCUGCAGAUGUUCCCGUCAGGAGAUCGGAGGAGCAGCGUGUGCAGGACCGGACCACAGAAUAACGCUUCGAGCCCGCCGUGUACAGAGAGGGAUGUAGAAUAUCCGAAUGACCUGAAGGCUGAGUCAAUCCCAGUGUUGCAUGGACUGCACAUCAUCCUCGUUCAUCUUUUUCGAUCAACUUUUUUUCUGGACACUAACGCCGUGCGACACUAACGUUCUUUAAAAAAAAAAAAACUGUUGAGCGUCUGAUUCCGCUCAAAUUCAUUGCUGCAUUUCAACGUCUUGACUUUUUUCAUGUGCCUCUUCGCCUGUUUGGACAAGCCAAAGCAGACUGUGUUCGCUUGUGUUUCCACUCGUCUUCUUCUUCAGCUGCUUUUGAUUUAACUCCAGAUUGACGUGCGACUCUUGGCUGGCCGUCCUCUUCGGCGCUGAUUUUCCACCUGCACCUAAUCUUCCCCUCAAGCAGAGGCCAAAACGAGCUUGAAACGAAUGGAUCUCCACCUUAUUCCCUGUUUACACCUCAGCACUGAUGCGCUGGACCAAUUGACUUUAUUCCCUCAUGUCACAAACUCCUGAAUGAUGCUUUGAUUUUUCAGCCCCCCUCUAAACCAAAAACGCAUUUGCUUUCAAGCAGAUCAGCAACGUGAUAUUUUGAUUUUAUUUUUUUAUUUCCCAAAGCAGAGAUCCUGAAAACACGUCAGCUCUUCUCAUUGGUACUUGGUGAUGUCUUAAUAUUUGUCCCUGUUAUGGAUCUCACGCUUGAUUUAACCGAAAAUGCACGUUUCGAGAUCUUCAUGUGCAGUUUUUCUGUGUUUGCACAUUUGUUUGAUCAUCUUCUUUCCACUCGAGGCUUUAAGUUCUGCUGUUUUUCAGCAUUAUUGGUUUGUCUGACUCUUGUCUGAUUCUGCCCCCUUUGUUUUUACCCAUCUGGUUUUUUAUUUUUUAAUAUGUUAAGUAAGUUAUUUCACUUGUACAAACAUGUUGAUAUUUAUUGUCACUGUACAUAAGUCCUUAUUUUUCAUAUGUGUGUGCGCAAACACACAAAAUAAAAAUAGAGAUCUACUUUG